CGUGGGGCGGGACGAGGGGCCUGAGGCGGCGGCGAGAUGGAGAAGCUGCGCCGGGUGCUGAGCGGGCACGAGGACGAGGAGCAGGGGCUGACCACGCAGGUCCUUGAUGCCUCAACGCUUAGUUUCGGUACUCGAGUGAAAUGGUUUGCCAUAUGUUUUGCAACUGGUAUUUUCUGUUCUAUUCUUGGGACAGCAUUUCUGUGGCUUCCCUCGGGGCUGAAACUUUUUGCAGUGUUCUACACCAUAGGAAAUAUUGCUGCAUUAGCCAGUACGUGUUUCUUGAUGGGGCCUGUGAAGCAGCUGAAAAAAAUGUUUGAGCCAACAAGAUUAAUUGCUACAAUUGUUAUGCUGUUGUGUUUGAUAUUCACUCUCUGUGCUGUAUUCUGGUGGGGUAAGAAAGGUUUGGCCCUGCUAUUCUGCAUAUUCCAGUUCUUAGCAAUGACCUGGUAUAGUCUCUCAUAUAUUCCUUUUGCAAGGGAUGCUGUGAUUAAAUGCUUCACGUCCUGCCUGAGUUAGACUAAACAAAACAAACUAUUCAACAUCUUUUAAAAGCCAACUUUAUAUUUUUGUGAAGUUUGCUCAGAAAAAUUAUGAACUUCCACUCCUGAAACAACACCUGGUGACAGUUUUAGUAUUUUCCUUGCCUUUUGCACGCUGGGGAUUAAAUCAUUUUAGCAGAACCAAGUUUAAAUAUGAGCCAGGUAAACAGUGUUUUAUCCCUGUCUGAACCAUUUGGAAACUAGAAUAGGUUUAACACUUUAUGCAAUGUAAUCUUAAAACUGUUUGACUCAGUUUCUGUUAACACAGUUUAAUGACAAUUCAGGAUUCUGGGUAAUAUAUGAGACAAAACUCUAUAUGAAACUUUUACAUAUUUCUUAUGUGCUAUUACUAUUUGUUCACUCUAUGCGUUUCCCAAAGAUCAGGAUUUUGUCAUUAUUAUAGAGAAAUUUUUUUAGUUAAUUAUAGCUGAUAGGGCUGCUUUGAAAUGUUUGUACAUGUGCAGUAUGGAGAAAGUUUGGUGUGAACAUGAGAGGUCUGGUAAAAGCUUGCUCAGUUUUGUUAUGCUUACAUUUUAAGGACCAAUUUUUUCACUUUGAAGCUUAAAAUAUAUUUGAUUAAAAUGGCUUAUGGAUAAUAUAUAAAUCAAUGAUUACAAAAUAAAUGAAUUAUUGUAAGUGUUUAGACUAUGUAAUUUUUAGACUUGAGCCACAUAGGCAGGAAAAUUAAAACACGCUUGUAAUAUA